AUGGCAUAUAGCAUUGAGGUUGCCUCUCAAUUCCUCAUAGACCUUCGAGGUCGGAGAAUAAAAUCGGACGAGAUCACGGUUUCCUUCGAUGUGACGUCGUUAUUCACAUCCAUCCCACCAAACUUGGCCGGCGAAUUCUUGCGCAAGGGACUUAGAGAGACGUACGAGGAGACUCAGAAUGCACUCACAAUCGAAAACCUCAUGAGGCUGUUUGAAUUCUGCCAACAAAAUUUCUUCAAUUUUGCGGGUGAGACCUAUGAACAAAUCAAUGGAACCCCAAUGGACUCACUGGUCUUCGGUUUAGUGGUAGAACCGAUCCUACAUGAGUUUGAAAAGAUUGCCUUCAUCAAACAUGAACCGGUUUUUUGGCGCCGUUACGUAGACGACACGUUCGUCAUCGUAAAGAAGGACAUGCUACAACAUUUCCACAGCCUACUCCACGCAGCCUUACCUGAUAUAAAAUUCACGAGGGAAGAAGAACAGGAACAACAGUCUGCCUUCCUGGAUGUGCUUGUCAGACGAAACCUUAACGGUGAACUGGAAACAGCGGUUUAUAGGAAGACAACGAACACCACACAGCUUCUCAGUUUUCACAGCAACCAUCCGGUUGAUGUUGUGUGA